AUGUAUAAUUAUCAAAAUACUAGGAUAGAAACUAGGAAAGGACAGUUCAAAGCACCUAGCACUAGAAUUGUCUAAGUUUUAAGAAAAAAAGAAAACCUUGAAAACGAUGCUAACGCUCCCGAUAUUGUAACCUUACAUCGUUCUUUAUAAAGAAUAAUAGUAAAAGAAGUAAACAAGAGGCAUUUAUUUGAAAAGACCAAAUUUCUUCCUAAUUCUUGCGAAGACCAAUAUUUUACAGCUAUAGAUCCAGUUGAGAUUGAAGAUUAUACAAAAAUUUACAAAAAUGUGCAGUAAAUCAUUAAAAUGGAUCCAGCGAAGAUUAAAAAAGUGAAGGAAGUAGUUGACCAGCAAAGAUAGGAAAAAGAGAGGGAAAAAGCUUUGUUUGAGCAAUAGAUAAAAUAGUAUAAAUUUUAAAGAAAAAAUAUAGUUAAGCAGAGAAUGUAGUCCAUUUUAGACAAACACAACAAACACUAAAACAACAAUGUCAACUUAGUUAAUAAUAAUAAUGUACCUAAGAAGUAAGAGGCGUUUCUAAAGGUUCACGAUAAAACUGUUUUAAAUAAUUUGAAUGAAAUGUACACAAACCAACCUUAAUCAAUAAGCAAUCCUACCACAGUGUAAAAAGUGGCUAAAAAUCUAACUUAAUAUGAAAAAACUAAGAAUAAUUUGAUUAGCCAGACUAAAGUACCUUACUAGCAAAUUAUCAAGAUGUCUAAUAAUUCAGUUCUUAUGGCUAAAUGUAAAAAAAGAAGCUACAGCACUCAGUCGGAAAUUUCAUAAGGUUUAAAAUAAUAAAAUUACAUUCAUGAGACUGCUGAUGACUAAGAGAAUAAAAUCAAGUGUGCUGAAUAACUUUAAUAGGAAAUAUUACCUUAAAAUCAAGAAAUAAAAAUCCUUUAAAAUACAUAAGAAAGCUGUUGCAUAACAAAUAUAAUAAAAAGACACUCUGCAACUGCUCCUUCGUGCACUCCUAGAACUAAUUUUUAAAAAUUCAAAAGUAAAAAUCUAGAAUUAUAAGAAAGUGAAUAAUAAACUUAUUAUAAUCCUGCUCAUACAACUCUUUAAAGCACUCUAAAUUAAAGCAAAACAAAGCAAUAAAAUCAAACUAUAUCUCCUGAUUAUUACUCAACUUCUCAAAAAUGGCUGGUAAAUGAUUCUUCUUUAGAUCAGUUUAAAAUGAGAAACACAUACUCACUUAAUAAGCUUGGUUAAAGAUCAAUUCACUUAAAGAAAGAUAAUUCUAAAUCAUCUAGCAUUUCUAAAGAAAAAACAUCUAUAAACGCAAAGCAUGAUUCAUCUAAGAAUCUUAAACAAUUUUACUUAACAGAAUGUGUAUAAAAGACAGAAAAUGAUGAAAAUGACCAAAAUUAUUUAAAUCUACCAAAAAAAGAAAGGAAAUCUACUUCUUUCGAACCAUCUUAAAAAUUGAAGUCUGAAUAAACUGAUGAACAAGCUUAGAAAAAUCAAAAGAAUAAAGAAGAGAAAUAAAAGCAGAGAAAUCCUAUGAAACAGUAUUACGAUGUAGAUGCAGAUAAUGAAAAUAAGGAAAAUGAAAGAAAAUUAUACAGACUAGAUGUGCCUUUUGACUAAUUUCAAAGGAAGUAUAAUAUAUCUUUAAAUACUGGAAAGCCAAAGAAGCUGCUUAUUGAGUUACCUUCUUUAGAAAAAGAACUGAAACUCAAAGGCAUAAAAAGAUAGUAAGAAGAGCAAUAAAAGAGAUAAAAAAUGAAUCUUAAUUUAAACCAACUAGAAGAAUUUAAAGGAUUUAAAUUUCCUAUUAAUGACUCUCAAGUUCUUCCAAUAAAGAAUCACUUUAAUAGUAAAUUAAAUCAGUUAAACAACUCAAAUAGUGCAGUAAUUUUUAAUGGCAGCCAGUCAUUCAUAGGAUAAAUGCCAAAUAGUGCUACAAAUAAUAUGAAACAAACAUUCAAUAUCUUUUAUAAGGGUUAAUAAAGCCAGAUCCUUAAGUAAAAAAAUAGAAAAAAAUCAGAUUCUAACUCUUUUUUGAAUUUUAGCAAGUUGAAUUCAAUCGCUCAUAGUAAAGAGCAAUCCCUUUUAUUAAAAUAAUAGUCAAUAUCAAUGAAUAAUCCAAAUAACUGUCAGAACAACUAACUAAGCUGUUCUCCUUCUCCAAAUAAAUAAAAUUAGUUCAAUUUAUCUCUUAACACUUAAGAAUUUGACAAGAGUGAGCUUUUAUUAAUCCCACAAGCUUCAAACAAAAAGAUUAAUAACUCUUAAGAAUAAAAUAAUUCUCUCAUAUCUAUGGUUAAGAUGAAGCAUACAGACUCUCCAUAUUAAAGAGAUAAAUCAAGUGAAGAUGUUUUAAGAACCUAAAAAUAAAGUAUUAUUCUGAAGAAAGACAAUAAUGGAAGACUGUUUUAAAAUCAAGUUAGCUUUACAUUGUCAGAAUCACCUAAUAUUGUCAUACAGCAAUAAAUAAAUGAUAGAUAUAGCCCAUUAAAAUAACAUCAAAAUGGUUUAAAAAAUAUUGGUCUUUAACUUAAUGAUUUUAGAACUUAAAAUAACUCUCAAUAAGAUUAUUUUUUGAACUCAAAAAAAAGUAACAGCCUAAGCAUGAAUGAUAGCAGAAUUAUUCAAGAAUGCCCUGAUACUUAACAGUCUUUAUCAACAAGAUUCUAGAGAAAUAAAUUUUUUGAUAAAUUUAUUUAACAAGAUUUAAAAAAUGAUGAUAAAAUAAAAUCAGAGGAAAUGCUGAUAAAUAAAAGACAAAAAAUAGCAGAAUAAACAAAGUCGAAUAAAUUUAAAAAGCUUGUAAACAAAACUCACUAGUGUGAAGAUAGAGUUAUAGAUGCAUGUAGAUCGUUUUAUGUUAAGAAAAAAGAAAAGAACCAAGAAUUGUUUUAACUCUUUUUAACUCAUUAUAGAGACAGACCAAAGACAUAAGAAAUAAGGUCAAGAAAUUACAGCUGUUCUUCAUCAGGAAGAUAAAGAUUUAAUUUAUAGGAAGCAAGAGAUAAAUCUGAGAAUGAUAGAAUGCUUUUAACAAAAAUAAAUGAAUCUCAGUAAUAAUUUUACAAACAAUUGGUAAAUAAGCUAAUCAUGAAAAGUAACAGUGGAGAUAAUAUGAAUAUUUGUAUUUACUUCAUGAAUGCUUUUAAAACAGUUUUAGAAGAUUUAGAUUUAUUUGAAGAUUCCCAUUUUUAUAAGCUGCUUGAUAAUAUAGAAAACAAAGAUACCUUCUUUUAUAAUCCAACAAGCUACUUUAUGAUUACGUCUGUAUUAGACAAUCUAUCUUUACCCUUUAGUAAAAUAACAUAAUUUAAAAAAUUAAGUAAAUUCGUAACCUAUUAUCAAAAUCUUGAAACAGAACAAUAAAAAACUAUAUCUACAGUAAAUCCUGAAAAUUAGUAAAAAUUAACUACAGAUGAAGAACAAUUUAUGUUUUAUAACUAAGAAUCCUUAGAAGAUUUAGAAGAUUCUUAAGAUUGA